AUGUUCGCUAAGAUUUUGGUUGUAUCUGCUUUGGUAGCUUGCGCUCAAGCUGGAGUUUUCGAACUUGGACAUGGUCAUCAUGCCACUUCCUACUCAUCACUCAGUGAUGCUCCAGUAACUCACUACGCUUCUGCCCCAGUUGCUGCUCACUACGCCGCCCCAGUUGCCGCUUACCACCAUGCCCCAGCCGUAGUUAAGACCGUCGCCCCAGUAGCUCACUAUGCCGCCCCAGUUGCUGCUCACUACGCUGCCCCAGUUGCUGCUUACCACCACGUCCCAGCUGUUGUCAAGACUGUCGCCCCAGUAGCUGCUUACCACCACGCCCAGCUGUUGUCAAGACUGUCGCCCA